AGUGUGCGAGAGCUGCGCGCGCUCGGCAGCAGCAGCAGCAUCAUCAUCAUCAGCAGCAGCAGCAGCCUCGAGCUCAAAUUCAGCACAGCUCACAUCUCAGAGCAUCAUCUCCUCGCAUCCAGACAGAAUAGACGUGUGCAAAAGUUUGACGAUAAGGUGCAAUCGAUUUAACUGGGGAUUCAUCCAUUGGAGAAUGAUGUGGGGUGGAAGAGGAGCAGCUUGGCUUUGGAUUUGGGCCUGUUUACUGGUGACCAGCGUUCUGGCUGGAAAAAGCUCCAGUCAAAGCGCAGAUGAGCAGAAAGACAACACCACAGUUUUCACCAGGAUUCUGGACAGCCUCCUCGAUGGCUACGACAACCGUCUCAGGCCUGGACUCGGAGAGCGUGUAACCGAAGUCAAGACUGACAUUUUCGUGACGAGUAUUGGGCCAGUCUCGGACCAUGACAUGGAGUACACCAUCGAUGUGUUCUUCAGGCAGAGCUGGAAGGACGAGAGGCUGAAGUUCAAAGGUCCCAUGGCUGUGCUCCGUCUCAACAAUCUCAUGGCCAGCAAAAUCUGGACCCCCGACACAUUUUUCCACAACGGAAAGAAGUCAGUCGCCCAUAACAUGACCAUGCCUAACAAACUUCUGCGGAUCACAGAGGAAGGAACUCUGCUUUACACCAUGAGGCUUACAGUCAGAGCUGAAUGUCCCAUGCACUUGGAGGACUUCCCAAUGGACGCCCAUGCUUGCCCUCUCAAAUUCGGCAGCUAUGCCUACACGAGGGCUGAAGUGGUGUAUGUUUGGACGCGAGGGGCGGCGCAGUCUGUGGUCGUGGCUGACGAUGGCUCCCGUCUCAACCAGUAUGACUUGAUGGGACAGACGGUCGACUCGGGUGUGGUGCAGUCCAGCACUGGAGAGUAUGUUGUGAUGAAAACACAAUUCCACCUCAAGAGGAAGAUCGGUUACUUUGUCAUCCAGACAUAUUUGCCGUGUAUCAUGACCGUGAUCCUGUCCCAGGUGUCUUUCUGGCUAAACAGGGAAUCUGUCCCAGCCAGAACUGUGUUUGGAGUGACCACUGUCCUUACCAUGACCACCCUGAGUAUCAGCGCGAGAAACUCUCUGCCCAAGGUGGCCUAUGCUACAGCCAUGGACUGGUUCAUCGCCGUCUGCUACGCCUUUGUCUUCUCGGCUCUCAUUGAGUUUGCCACCGUUAACUACUUCACCAAGAGGGGUUACGCCUGGGAUGGGAAAAGUGUGGUGCCAGAAAAGGUAAAGCCACUUCAGCUUUCAAUUAAAAGGAAAACUAAAUACGAGGCCUGUGGAUGUGCUGUGCUCACUCUCCAAGCCCUCACCUCAGGUGAAGCACAGCUUGUGCUUUCUCCAGAGCAGCUGAGGCAUGCUUGA